GGCGCUCGCUCGCUGGCGCCAUUUCUGUAGAGAGAAACGGCAGUGCGUCCUGUAGUCAUGGCGCUGUUCCCUGCCUUUGCAGGGGUUAGUGAGGCCCCAGAUAGCGGGAGCUCCAGGAAAGAGUUAGACUGGCUGAGCAACCCAAGCUUUUGUGUUGGAUCCAUAACGUCCCUGAGUCAACAGACUGAAGCAGCCACAGCCCUUGUUUCUGAAGGGUCACCACUGACACGGAGUCCUCUGAAAUCAGAGCCUUCAGAUGAAAGUGACACUAACAAAAAGGUCAAACAAGCAAGCAGAAAAAAGAAGAAAGAGAAAAAGAAGAAGAGGAAGCAUCAGCACCAGAAGAAAACCAAGAGAAAACACGGGCAGUCGAGCAGCAGUGGAUCUGAGCCAGACACCGAUUCUGAAAGGGACAAGCCUCUCCGCAGCAUCGGAGGCAGUAAAAAGGAGUCUGAGAAACUGAGUCAAGGAGAUAAUUUUGCUGCCGAUACUGGACAUCGCUUUGUUUGGCUUGAGGACGUUCAGGCUCAGACGGGGGAAACCUUCAGAACAGAUAAGAAGCCAGAUCCUGCAAACUGGGAGUAUAAGUCUCUCUACCGGGGGGAUAUAGCAAGAUACAAGAGGAAAGGAGACUCCUGCCUUGGCAUUAACCCUAAGAAGCAGUGCAUAUCUUGGGAAGGGGCUUCUGCUGGGAAGAAGCAUUCACGCAAGCAGGUGGAACGCUAUUUUACGAAGAAGAACGUGGGAUUAAUGAACAUCAGCGGAGUUGCCGUUAGCAGUAAAAGUGAACCUCCCUCAUCUGAGCCAAUUUCAUUUAUCCCAGUGAAAGACACGGAUGACGUGGCUCCUGUAACAACCUGGUUGAAUCCUCUGGGCAUUUAUGAUCAGUCAACUACACAGUGGUUACAAGGACAGGGUCCUCCAGGGCAAGAAGCAAAGCAGCCAAACUCACUGCCAGACAGCGAGAAUGCAGUUCUCAGGGCCAAGGUGGAAGAGUUUAACAGGAGGGUGCGGGAGAAUCCUCGGGAUACUCAGCUGUGGAUGGCAUUUGUUGCUUUUCAGGACGAGGUCAUGAAAAGUCCUGGCCUGUAUGCCAUUGAGGAAGGAGAGCAGGAAAAGCGGAAGAGGUCCCUGAAGCUGAUUCUGGAGAAGAAGCUGGCCAUUCUGGAGCGGGCCAUCGAAAGCAACCAGAGCAGUGUCGAUCUGAAACUGGCCAAGCUGAAGCUCUGCACAGAGUUCUGGGAGCCCUCCGCUCUGGUCAAAGAGUGGCAGAAACUGAUAUUUUUACAUCCCAAUAAUGCGACCCUUUGGCAGAAAUACCUUUUAUUUUGCCAGAGCCAGUUCAGUACUUUUUCAAUAUCAAAAAUUCACAGUCUUUAUGGAAAGUGCUUGAGUACUUUGUCCGCCGUGAAGGAUGGCAGCAUCUUGUCUCACCCUGCACUGCCUGGCACGGAGGAGGCCAUGUUUGCACUCUUUCUUCAGCAGUGCCACUUUCUGCGGCAGGCUGGCCACUCGGAGAAGGCUGUCUCCUUGUUUCAGGCCAUGGUUGACUUCACCUUCUUCAAACCCGACAGUGUCAAAGAUCUGUCUACCAAAGCACAGGUGGAAUUCUUUGAGCCUUUUUGGGACAGUGGAGAGCCCCGGGCUGGGGAGAAGGGAGCCCGAGGCUGGAGGGCCUGGAUGCACCAGCAGGAGCGCGGUGGCUGGGUGGUGAUCAACCCAGAUGAGGAGGACGAUGAGCCAGAAGAGGACGACCAGGAAAUAAGAGAUAAGACUCUGCCCCGAUGGCAGAUCUGGCUUGCUGUGGAGCGCUCCCGAGACCAGAGGCACUGGCGGCCCUGGCGCCCUGAUAAGACCAAGAAGCAAACUGAGGAAGACUGCGAGGAUCCGGAGAGACAGGUGUUGUUUGAUGAUAUUGGACAAUCUUUGAUCAAACUUUCCAGCCAAGAUCUUCAGUUCCGGCUGAUUGAGGCCUUUCUGCAGUUCUUGGGUGUGCCUUCUGGCUUCAUCCCUCCAGCCUCCUACCUUCAUCUGGCCAUGGAUGAGAACAGCAUCUUUGAUAAUGGACUUUAUGAUGAAAAGCCCUUGACUUUUUUCAAUCCUCCAUUUUCUGGGGUCAGCUGUGUUGGCCGCAUGGACAGGUUCGCCUGUCCUCGCUGGACUAGGGGUCACAAUCGAGAGGGCGAGGAGUUCAUCCGCAACGUCUUCCACCUCGUGAUGCCUUUGUUUUCAGGCAAGGAAAAGUCCCGGCUCUGUUCCUCCUGGUUACAGUACGAGAUUGCGAAGGUUAUUUGGUGGCUGCACACUAAAAACAAAAAGAGAUUAAAGUCACAGGGGAAGAACUGCAAAAAACUAGCCAAGAAUCUCCUUAAGGAGCCAGAAAACUGCAACAACUUUGGCCUCUGGAAGCAGUAUGCCCAUCUGGAGUGGUUGCUUGGCAACACAGAGGAUGCCAGAAAAGUUUUCGAUACAGCACUUAGCAUGGCAGGAAGCAAAGAACUGAAGGACCCUGAACUCUGUGAGCUUAGUCUGCUCUAUGCCGAACUGGAGGUGGAGCUGUCGCCAGACUCGAGAGGAGCCACCACACCCCGAGCUGUUCAUAUAUUGACCAGGCUGACUGAGAGCAGUCCCUAUGGGCCCUACACCGGACAGGUCUUGGCUGUUCACAUUUUGAAAGCUCGAAAGGCUUAUGAGCACGCACUGCAGGACUGUUUGGGUGAAAGCUCUGUCUCUGAUCCACCUCCCACCGAUUCCUUUAACCACCUAAUUAGCUUGGUCAAAUGCUUUAUGCUCUUCCAAUAUUUGACCAUAGGGAUUGAUGCCUCUGUGCAGAUAUAUAAGGAGGUAUUUGCAAAACUGAACAGCUCUGUUUCCCCAGAAGGCUCUGUUUUGGAGGACAGUGCCAGUUCCCAGAGUUUGACCAGAGUUCUUGAAGCCAUCACGCUGAUGCACACCAGCCUGCUCAGAUUGCACGUGAAAGUUAGCGUUUAUCCUCUGGCUCCUCUGCGGGAGGCGCUCUCAGAGGCCUUAACAUUGUAUCCAGACAACCAGGUUCUUUGGAGGUCCUAUGUACAGAUUCAAAGUAAGUCCCACAGUGCCAACAAGACCAGACGAUUUUUUGAUACAGUCACCAGGUCCGCCAAACCCCUGGAGCCUUGGUUGUUUGCAAUUGAAGCUGAGAAAAUGAGAAAAAGACUGGUGGAAGCUGUUCAGAGGGUAGAUGGUAGAGAGGUCCACACCACAAUUCCUGAGACCGGCUUAACACAUCGGAUCAAAGCCCUGUUUGAAAAUGCAAUGCGGAGCGACAGUGGCAGCCAGUGUCCCUUACUGUGGAGGAUGUAUUUGAACUUUUUGGUUUCCUUAGGAAAUAAAGAAAGAAGCAAAGGUGUAUUCUACAAAGCACUUCAAAGUUGUCCUUGGGCAAAGGUGUUGUACAUGGACGCCGUGGAGUACUUCCCCGAGGAGAUGCAGGAGAUCCUGGAUCUGAUGACCGAGAAGGAGCUCCGGGUGCGCCUGCCGCCGGAGGAGCUGGAUCUCCUGCUUGAGGAUUAGAGACCAGGAGGGAACGGGCCGCGUUGCCCGCCUGUCGGAGCCGGGAGAAGUAAGAGGAGGAUAUGUGUGUGUUAGGAGACCUCUGCUUUUGAAGCGUUCUUUCUUGGCAAUUUGUGUCUGGGUUGCCAGUCUCUCCCAUCUUGCACAUCUUUGGGGUGUGUAAAUGACACAGAAGCUAUUGUUUACAUAUUAUAUAUGUGAACAUGUGUAUAUAUAUGUACAUAGACAAAGAAUCAUUUCAAGUGAUAAUUAAACCUGUGACAGUUGAG